GCUACUAUGAAACUUAAAAAAUUUGUUGAGAGUAAUGGCACACAAAAAUUGCAUCCUGAUAUUCGUUCUAUCGUUUAUUCUUUUGGUUAGUUAUCUUAAGUAAUAUACACAACAAUUUUACUUUAUACAUAUAUUAGAUUAGUCCAUAAUUCUUACACUUGUUGCCUGUUAUUUAUUUAAAAAAAUAACCCACGAACUUAUUGGCUAAAUAUUUUUUUAAUUAAAAUAUUUCAUAUAUUUAUUUAUUUAUCAAGGUCUCCUUGUGCCAAGUGAUGCAGCUGAAUCAAUAUUUGAAAAAAUGUGGGAAUUCUUUUUAAGAGAAACAGACGUACAAGAGAAAAAAAGACUCCUAAUAAGAUUAGCAGCUGUUAAAAACAAAGAUAUUCUCGCUAAAUAUUUACAAAAGAUACAAGAUGAAAAAGUAGUUCGUAGACAAGAUUUUUUUGAAAUUAUCAGUAAUAUCGCUCUAAAUCCAAUGGGUCUUGAUAUAGUAUGGGAUUUUUUUAGAAACCAUUGGGAAAAUUUAAUUGAAAAAUUCGCAUUAAACGAUCAUGUUGUGGAUGCAGUUAUUGGAGCAACUAUCUCUUUAUUUAAAGAUGAAAAGAAAUUGAAAGAAGUUGAAGAUUUUUUCAAUAAAUAUCCAAAUACUGGGCCAAGUACGCAUACAAAAAAAAAUGUAAUCGAAGAUAUUAAAAGUAACAUCAAAUGGUUAAAUGCAAACUUAUGGCAAUUCGAACAAUGGUUAAACGAAGAUGGAGUCUAUCUCCCAUAGAGCUUAUUUAUAUAUAUAUAUAGGUAGAACAAAGUUUUGAGCCCAUUCUUUUCUAAAUUUUGAAAUUAUGUCAAAAAAUAAAAAUAAGUUCAAUAGAAAAAACUAUUUUAAUGUUAGACUC